AUGUGUACACUCGUCAAGCCAUCGCCUUCCACACAUUCUGAGGAGCAAGCAGGACCAGCAUCUUCAAGUAUGCAAGGGCCACUAAGCACAAUCUCCUUUGUCCAAGGACUUCUCACAAGCCUUACUAAAGUGUCUGGAUAUGGAAUUUUUUCUCACCAAAAAGAAUGGACUUUGAUUCGAAUGAGAUCUACCUUCAUUCAGUUGAACCGCUGUUUUUGUCAUCAUUUCUAG